GUUAAUUUUACUCAUUCACUCCCUCCUUCCACUUUCGUUUCGUAGGUAGAUACCUACCUACUCAAAAACAUUUUGUAAAUUUUGUUACGCCGUCCUGCGUUCAGCUCGGAUGUGCUGAACGCUAAAAAUAAUUUGAUAAUUUUAUGUUAAGGCACAUAAUUUUGUUUUCUUGUGUUUUUUAAAAUAAGUGUGUUUUUGUAAAUUUUGUGUACAUUCAUUAUUAUCGAAGUUGCAUGUAGGUAUUGAUGCAACAGGGUAUCCAAAGUGGUAAAAAGUCCGUGUAAACAGAAGAAAACAGUGUACUAUCAAGAUGCCUAUGGAUUCAGAAUGCGAAUGCGACCUGGUGUCGAAAGAAUGGCUCCUUGCAAAGUUACGUUCAGACGAAAGAGACACCGUAUUGAUAGAUUGUCGGGGCUCAAACGAGUAUUCUGUAUCGCACAUCCGUUCCGCUGUGAACUUUUCCAUCCCAACAAUAAUGCUUAGGCGGUUAGCUGCUGGGAAGAUUGAGUUGUCAUCAACAGUGCAGUGCAAAGAGUUGAAGGCGAGGAUAAACCACUGUCGAACCCGUGGUAUAUUCGUGUUGUACGGUGAUGGACCUCCCAGAGACCCUGACUCUGUCCACGGUAUACUCCUCAAGAGGCUGAAGCAAGACAGCGUACAAGUCGUUUGUCUUGAAGGUAAACACUAG